UUGUUUGUUGCUGGGCCCAUUCUUCUUGUUGAACUUUACCCAGCCAGGGUCGAAUUUGCAUUUUACAGAAGGUCCCUCUGCACAAAACUGGGUGGCCUGUGUGAAACUGACGACUGCCUUACCUUCAAAGAAAAGAUGGGGAGCUGCUGGGCUGACUUAACACCACUGUGCUGCAGAAAAGGAAAGAAACACUGA